AUGCAUAAAGCAAAACCAUCCUUUCUGGAGGCAGCCGAAAGCAGCGUCGAUCGCCGCAAGCGUCCGCGGCCUACGAAGGGCAGCAGCUGGGAAUCGUUGCUUGCCGAGCGUCAAUCGCGUGCCGCAAUACCGGAGGAGGAAACGUCGCCGGCAACCGGACUAGAAGAGCACUCCGAUGAGCUAGCGGACGCGGAGGAUUCAACCGAACUUAAGGAUGAAGAGACGGUGAAAGUAUGUUUGCGGUUGCGUCCGUACGCCAAAAGCAACUCUGGCCGGAUGGGAUUGAAGAUCAAAGACAGUAUGCUGAUCGCACGGUGCAUAGGGGAAAAUCAGAUGUCGUCUGAAAAGCGAUACACUUUCAGUCACAUUUUCGAUGAUCACGUAUCGCAGGCAGAUGUGUACGACUCGAGCAUCCGCCCUAUGAUACGGCCGGGUCUGGGAGAACCGGGUGCCACCAUUCUAACGUACGGUACGUCGGGGUCGGGCAAAACGUACACGCUGCUCGGCAAUCAGCACCAACCCGGGCUUGUGCCGCGCUUCAUCGAACACAUCUACGAGGAACUGCAGGAGUCCAUCUCCGCCGAGCCUGGCCUUAAGAUGGACGGCAUGAAACCGUGUCUGCUAAGCGAUGAGCUGGUGAUCGAGGAAAUGCGUAAGCUGGCCGCCGUAAAAGAUCAGCUGCAGAGUGAGGAUGGUGAUCAGCAAAUCAGCGCCAUCAUUCAGAGCCAGCAACAGUUCCAACCGCUACAGUUGGGCGACCGCCGGGUUUUCAUUUGGAUUUCCUUCGUCGAGAUUUACAACGAGAACGUGUACGAUCUACUGAACCUGGAUUUGGUCAAUUCGAAACGCAAACCGCUGAAGGUGUUGGCCAACGAAGGAAACGCCUACAUUAAGGGGCUGACGACGCUGUACGCCGGCACGAAGGAGGGUGCCUACAAUCUGCUGGAGUACGGCCUGCAGAGUGCUACUUACGGUUCAACCGACAUCAACCGCAAUUCGAGCCGAUCGCACAGCAUUUUCACCAUCACCGUUAUCACGCACUCGGUUGCCACGCAACGUAUCGCUCAGUCGGUGUACAAGUUUUGCGAUCUGGCCGGUUCGGAGCGGUUGAAGAAAACGGGCAACAUGGGCGACCGUUUGAAGGAGGCCCAGAAAAUCAACAACUCGCUGCUGGUGCUCGGCCGUUGCCUGGAGACGGUGCACAAGAAUCAAAAGUCGCGCAAGGUACACGAUCUGGUGCCGGUGCGAGACUCGAAGCUUACCAUGAUCGUGCAGUCGGCGCUGCUCGGCAAGGAACCGAUGACGAUGAUCGUGAACGUGUACCCAACCGAUGAGUUUUACGACGAAAACAUCAAUGUGCUGAACUUUUCAUCGAUCGCAAAGCAAAUUGUCAUUCGCAAGGAACAGAAGAUGCUCUCGAAGGCCCCAGAGAGCACUAGAUAUUCGUUUUUCCUGGCGCAGGCGAUAAGCAGCCCGUCGGGCAAGAGCGACUUGCCUAACUUGCUACGGGAGAACGAAACGCUAAAACUUGAGGUGCAGCAGUUGCGCGAGGAACUGCAGCAGAAAAGCGCCGAGCACGCGUCUUUCCAGAAGAAGCUCGCUAUGCAAGAGUUUGUGCUGCGCAACGAGCUGACGGACAACUUUCAGCUGCACUUUACGAAAAUGGAGGAAUCCUACCAGAAACGUAUCGAAAGUGCCAAGGAACUGGCCAUUCUGCCCUAUAAACAUAAGCUCACUGUGCUGGAGAAAAAGUUGCAGUCGCGGGAGCAAAUCAUUCUCGAUAUGGAGGAAGAGCAGGAUGAAUUGGAAAACAAGCUGAAGGUGUAUGAAGAAGAGAUCAACCGGUACCGUUUGCAGCAAAAGGGUGUCCGUAGACUGUCUUUGUAG